CAAGUAGCAUGCCGGAAAUAGGGCGAACACCUGCGAUGCACCUGUUCGCUACUCGCAUUCUUCGGUGUCCAAGUAGAAGAGCGGCGCGCGCGAUAUGGAAUUUCGUCGAACGGAGGCACUAAGUUCGUAAGCAAGAAAUGCGGAAACGGCGUGACGUACUCUCCUUUCGCCUGGAAAAGAAUCAUACCAGAGCGACGACGUCGGGAAUCGCCCGGAUUUUCGUCUCUGAAGACACCUUACGUCGUCUUGUAUCAUCCGUUGACGUGAACGCCGGAAGACGGAGUGUCAGGUUGUAAACGUCUGUCACACUUUCUACAGACUCUCAAACACGUGCUGCUCGUUCAAACGUGGAGUUACAAAGUACACUAUGGGGCAAACGUUGAAGAAGUUUGGUUCCAAGCCACAGUCGGCCCUUUCACCGUUCAGGAGGAAGAAGUUGUUGUGCGAGUUCAACACGUUUUACGAUAUAAACAAGGAUGGAGUCAUCACAAUGGAGGACUUCAACGAGGCAAGAGAGCACAUUUGCCGGUUGAAUGGCUGGAAGGAUGGCAGCGUCAAAUACCGCAAAGCGAAAGAGCUCUUUGAUGACAUCUGGAUCACACUACGCCAAGACGCGGACGAGGACGCGGACGAUAGAGUUACUGCGGAAGAAUGGUUACGACUGUGGGAAAAGCGUGCUGAGGCCGAUAAAAAAGACGACGGCGAAGAUGCACCAAAAUGGCUGUCAACGUACAUGUGGUUUCGAUUCAACAUGUAUGACCGCACAGGUGAUGGCGUCGUCGACGAAGAAGAGUUUUGUUUCGUAUUAGAGGACUUCAACAUUCCUCCGAAGCAAUCCAAACAGUGCUACCUUAUCAUGACUGAGAAUGGAGAAAAAGAACUGAAUUAUGAUUAUUUCUGUCAACUGGCUGAAGAAUACUUCAAUUCUGACGACGAAUCUGCCCUGGGGAAUUUCAUUACAGGCAGGCUGGAUUUUCGAUCAUGACAACUCUUAUGCAGCUCAGUUCUGGGUAGUUCAGUGGCUCAAUUUCGAACGUUUCUCAGAAGGCUACCUAGAAUCCGUGUCAUUGAAAUCAACAACAACAAACAGGAACUGCACGGUUACAUAUUCAUUUUACGAGGUCAGACGAAGAGGUGCUGUCUCAUGUUCCAGCGUUUGGCUGAACGCUUUAUGUCACAACUAUGUACAUCGCCACUACUUUGUACAACUAUGUUCAAGUGAAGUAGGGGGCCUCUGAACUCUAAGCAUUGAUAACUCUGCGCACCUUCCAGUAUCAGUAUCCUGGAAAAGGGCAACGCGUCCUCAGGAUCAUAACGCACCGAAGUACCGGUGCCUGGACUAACCAUUGGAGCGCUCGGCUUUUUACCACCUCGGCAUCAAGCUAAGUUCAGUAUGAAUCAAUACAUUCUCCGUUCCUUGGUGCACAAUGGCACAAAUCUCCCUUUGGUCCCUUUAUCCAUUCUCGUUUUCUUCCGUGCGGAUGACAGUCCUGGAAGAGAGAGGUCGAAUCGCUCGAGUCGGUCUCGCUUCGACGAAUGUUCAUUUCACAUUUCUUAACAACGAGAAUAACAGCGAACUGUAUGGUUAGGAAGUGGCAGUGCACAUGAUACGAACGCUAUGGACACUUUCUUACCAGGUUAGACGUGGCCAUGUGAUGGCACGAAGCAGCUGCGAUACAGAAAUGGACAAUAUACGUUGGGCACAUUCCCCUACAACCUCCUAACCUUCACAGGUGGCCCGGUUUUCUUGCUACACAACCGGCAGUAGAAAGCAAGAGUCGGCAGGAAGUGCUACGGGCCCUGGUCCCUUGCAGAUUUGGUGAGGUUAACUAGGGCGCCCCUGUCGUGUAAGCUGUAUGGCGUCCAUUGUUUCUAUCACCAGACUCACCUCACCUAGUCAUGCCUAUUUCGAGGACAAGUUCCGGCCAUAUUUUUGAUUGCAACUGGAAAGGAACUAGAGGAACACACUACCUAUAGGGCCUCUCUCACUGUUGUGUACUAUGGCAGCAGAAGAACAGCUGCGGCUACUUCGCGUUGCGUGGACGAUGACGUCAUGUGUUCCGUGUACUUUCCGGUCUGUGGCGUACGUGCAAGCACCAGGUGGCAUACGGGAUGCCCUUUGCUACUAACAGAUUUUGUGAUGUGGGGUACCUAUGACAAGGGCCUUCUCUCAUUCAGCCCGUCGCGCCUGCUUUUAUCUUGAUUUUUUUUUAGAUUGAUCCUGUUGCACACAUAUCAUACUGUUCGAUAAUUCCUAGUUACCGUUGUUUUACAGUUACGCACUGACUUAUCGCUGUGCAGACUGUAUGUUCUAGAAUGCGUAGCACAGUGCGGGAUUGUGACGUGAAUAAACGAAAUGCUCUAGCA